AUUGCCCUUUACACGCUCUCUCUCUCUCUCUCUCUCUCUCUCUCUCUCUCCUCUUCUCGUUCUUUCUCUUGGCUUCGACGAGCGGAGGAAGCGGAGGCGAUUCAUCUCUGAUCUCGUCUUCUCUACAGCGAAACAUAAAAAAUGGCUGAUGCUGAGGAUAUUCAGCCACUCGUCUGUGACAAUGGAACUGGAAUGGUGAAGGCUGGAUUUGCUGGUGAUGAUGCACCUAGGGCAGUGUUUCCCAGCAUUGUUGGCCGGCCCCGGCAUACUGGUGUUAUGGUUGGUAUGGGCCAGAAGGAUGCCUAUGUGGGUGAUGAAGCUCAAUCCAAGAGAGGUAUUCUCACCUUGAAGUAUCCAAUUGAGCACGGUAUUGUCACCAACUGGGAUGACAUGGAGAAGAUCUGGCACCAUACCUUCUACAAUGAGCUCCGUGUUGCUCCUGAGGAACAUCCUAUACUGCUGACUGAAGCUCCUCUCAACCCAAAGGCGAAUAGGGAGAAGAUGACCCAGAUCAUGUUUGAGACGUUCAAUGUGCCUGCAAUGUACGUUGCUAUCCAGGCCGUCCUUUCCCUCUAUGCCAGUGGCCGUACUACUGGUAUCGUGCUUGAUUCUGGUGAUGGUGUGACCCACACCGUCCCGAUAUACGAGGGAUAUGCCCUCCCCCACGCUAUUCUUCGGCUCGACCUUGCCGGACGUGACCUCACCGACUUCUUGAUGAAGAUCCUCACUGAGAGAGGCUACUCCUUCACCACCACUGCUGAGCGGGAAAUUGUCAGAGACAUGAAGGAGAAGCUAGCCUACGUUGCCUUAGAUUUUGAGCAGGAGUUGGAGACUGCUAAGAGCAGUUCUUCAGUUGAAAAAACUUAUGAAUUACCUGAUGGCCAGGUCAUCACUAUAGGAUCUGAGAGGUUCAGGUGCCCCGAAGUGCUUUUCCAGCCUUCUUUAAUUGGUAUGGAAGCAGCAGGAAUUCAUGAGACCACGUACAAUUCUAUCAUGAAGUGCGAUGUCGAUAUCAGGAAGGAUCUGUAUGGGAAUAUUGUGCUUAGUGGAGGAUCGACCAUGUUCCCUGGUAUUGCUGAUCGGAUGAGCAAGGAGAUCACGGCACUUGCGCCCAGCAGCAUGAAGAUUAAGGUGGUCGCACCUCCCGAGAGGAAAUACAGUGUCUGGAUUGGUGGUUCUAUUCUUGCUUCUCUCAGCACGUUCCAACAGAUGUGGAUCUCAAAGGCUGAGUACGAUGAAUCUGGCCCUGCAAUCGUCCACAGAAAGUGCUUCUAAACAAAAAGCUUCAUGCAUUAGCUGGCUGUUUCUAGUUUGUUCUUGCGGCUUUUCAAGUAUUUUCUAGUGAUGUAAGCUUUGUGAGGUUGAGAUUUGGCUCCUGAAAGAAGUAUAUAAGUAAAUAUGCUUGAACUUUAGGUUUGCAUAAAAAAGCACUACAGGUAUUUUCAGAGGCAGCUGCUGUCACAGAGGGAAAAUUGGAGAGGUUGUGGUAACUCUCUCUCACCCUCUGUUCUUCUUGUCUCGGUUGCCUUUUAUAGGUUUGUUGAGCCAUUUUGUUUGGUUUCAUGCGGUUUUACUUCCUAUCUCUGGAUCGAUAGUGGUAGUAGAACGUGCGGCGUUGGUUUGGCGUUUCUAGUGUUAUGUCAAUAUAUAGGAUGUAUGAGAAAGUAUGCUUUGAUAUAUGGCUUGGUUGUCUGGAUGGUGUUCGUGUAUAUUUGUGUACUGCAGCUAAGAUGACGUUAACGAGAUGUUAGAUGGUAUACUUGUGUAUU